GAAGGAACCACUGCCAUCACCGGACCUCCCCUCCGGUUCGUUACCAUGACAACAGCCACGGAUGAGGAGCAUGCGGAGGGGACGGUACUCGGUACAGGUGUUGUUGUGGUUUCCGCAUCGCUUUAGAUAUCGCUGCUGUGAUGACUGUAGUCUACUGGGCAUGGAUGGUAGCUGCGAGAACACCUACGCAAUCCCACCAUAAUUUCCCUAUUCGGUAACCUUGCUUUUACGAAAUACGGAAUAGUAUUUACGGGGGGGUGGGGGAAUAAUAAUCAACAAACAAACGACACUAUGGUGCAUCACUCGGGCUCCAUACAGUCCUUCAAGCAGCAGAAAGGCAUGCACACAAGCAUCAGUGAGAUCCUGAAGGAGAAGACCCUGAAGCCGUCCCGUCGUAGCCUGCCCUGCCUGGCCCAGAGCCAAACCCACCCACAGAACAUCAACCACUUCCUGUCCAUGCCCCUCACCCCCGACAACAAGCCCCAGACACACCCACAGGACCAUCUGCAGUCAGUGCCUCAACUCCAGGUUCAGGACCAGGCCCAGCUGUCUGACCCCUGGCUACACCACCAGGCCCAGGACCACUGCCAGAUCCAGGCACAACACACCCAACCUCUGUCCCACAGUCACAGCACUUCCUGCACCCUCAUCUCCUCCAAGACAGGUCUGGCAGAAGCUGUCAAGGACCACUACGAGGAGGAGGCAGAAGCGAGUACGUACGAGGCAGGAAGGACAGACGAGUCGUUUCUCAUUCAGAAACCUGCCACCCGAGCUAAAUUAGAGGCACACGUAGAUUCGCUUCAGGGGACCAACCCGGGGCAGCCGUCCGGUCUGCUGUUCAGAGAUGGGAAGAAGCGUAUCGAUUACAUCCUGGUCUAUAAGAAGUCCAGUCCUCUGGUGGAAAAGAGAGUCACCUUCGAGAGGAACCUGAGAGCUGAGGGGCUGAUGCUGGAGAAAGAGCCGUCUCUGACCAACACCGACAUCAUGUUUGUGAAGAUCCAUGCUCCGUGGGACACUCUUUGUAAAUACGCUGAGCAGAUGAAUAUCAGAAUGCCAUUCAGAAAGAAAAGUUACUUUACAGAUUGGAAGAGCAAAACUCUGGGCAGCCGGUUCCAUCUGAGGUGUCGUCAGAUAAAGAGUUGGUUACCCAGGAACCCCAUGAAGCUGGACAAAGAGGCCUUACCUGACCUAGAGGAGACAGACUGCUACACAGCCCCGUUCAGCAGGGCACGCAUGCACCAUUUUACCAUCAACAACAGACAUACGUUCUUCUCCAACUCCACCAGAAGCAGAAUAGUCCACCAUGUUCUCCAACGCACCAAGUAUGAGGACGGGAAGUCUAAGAUGGGUAUCAAUAGGUUACUGGGCAAUGGGACAUAUGAGGCUGCAUUUCCUCCACACGAGGGUGGAUACAAGAGCAGACACCCUAUUAAGACCCACGGUGCCCAGAACCACAGACACCUGCUGUACGAGAGGUGGGCUCGUUGGGGCAUGUGGUACAAGUACCAGCCUCUCGACCUUAUCAGGCGUUACUUUGGGGAGAAGAUUGGGCUGUACUUUGCCUGGCUGGGUUGGUACACUGGCAUGCUGAUCCCGGCAGCUCUUGUGGGUCUCCUCGUUUUCCUCUACGGAUUCCUUACCAUGGACACCAGCCAAGUCAGUAAAGAGAUCUGUGAGGCCAACACUACUAUCAUGUGUCCUAUGUGUGAGGAGAACUGCAACACCUGGAAACUCAGUGACAGCUGUGUCUAUGCAAAGGUGACCCAUCUCUUCGACAAUGGAGGAACUGUGUUCUUUGCUAUCUUUAUGGCAAUAUGGGCCACGGUGUUCCUGGAGUUCUGGAAGAGGAGGAGGGCGGAGCUGACUUAUGACUGGGACCUCAUCGACUGGGAGGAGGAAGAGGAGAAUCUGCGGCCCCAGUUCGAAGCCAAGUACUCCCGAGUAGAGAGAGUAAACCCUAUCUCUGGCAAGCCGGAGCCAUUCCAACCCUUCACUGACAAACUCAGCAGACUCAUGGUCUCUGUGUCCGGCAUCUUCUUCAUGAUCUCUCUGGUGCUGACUGCAGUGUUUGCGGUGGUGGUGUUCCGACUGAUUGCCAUGGAGAAGUUUGCAUCGUUCGACUGGGAGUUUGUCAAGAAGAACUGGCAGUUUGCCACCUCUGGCACCGGCGUCUGUAUCAACUUCAUGAUCAUCAUGUCUCUCAAUGUGGUAUAUGAAAAGGUGGCCUAUCUGCUCACAAAUUUAGAACACCCACGGACUGAGUCAGAGUGGGAGAACAGUUUUGCUCUCAAGAUGUUUCUCUUCCAGUUUGUAAACUUGAACAGCUCUACCUUCUAUAUUGCAUUCUUCCUUGGAAGGUUCGCCGGCAGACCAGGGAAAUAUAAUAAACUGUUUAACAGAUGGAGACUGGAGGAGUGCCACCCCAGUGGCUGUCUGAUCGAUCUGUGUCUACAAAUGGGAGUCAUCAUGGUACUAAAACAAAUCUGGAACAACUUCAUGGAGCUGGGAUACCCUCUGCUGCAGAACUGGUGGUCUCGGAGGAAGAUCAAGCAGACAGAGAAGGAAGAGAGAACACGAGGGGGACAGAAUGUGGAGAUCAAAGUACAGCUUCCUCAGUGGGACAUAGACUGGAACCUGCAGCCCAUGAACGCCCAUGGACUAGUAGAUGAGUACCUGGAGAUGGUUCUCCAGUUUGGUUUCACCACGAUCUUUGUGGCUGCAUUCCCAUUGGCUCCUCUACUGGCUCUGCUCAACAACAUCAUCGAGAUACGACUGGACGCCUACAAGUUUGUCACCCAGUGGAGGAGACCCAUGCCUGCCAGAGCCACAGACAUUGGUAUCUGGUAUGGUAUCCUGGAGGGGAUCGGCGUGCUGGCUGUCAUCACCAACGCCUUCGUCAUCGCCAUCACCUCCGACUACAUCCCCCGCUUCGUCUACGCGUUCAGAUACGGACCCUGUGUGGACAAGGAGUACCACCACGAGAAGUGUCUGCAAGGCUACAUGAACAGCAGUCUGUCGGUGUUUGACAUGGGCGCGCACUGGAACGUGAGUGAGGAGCAGAAUAGAUACUGUAGGUACAGAGACUACAGAGCCUCUCCCUGGAGCCCAGUACCAUACGACUUCACUCUGCAGUUCUGGCACGUCCUGGCUGCAAGACUAGCCUUUAUCAUCGUCUUCGAGCACCUGGUGUUUGGCAUUAAGUCGUUCAUCGCGUACCUGAUCCCAGACAUGCCCAAGAGUCUGUGUGACCGCAUGCGGCGGGAGAAGUACCUGAUGCAGGAGAUGAUGUAUGAAGCAGAGCUGGAGCACCUGCAGAAGGAGAGGAAGAAGAACGGCAGGAGAUAUCACCACGAGUGGCCUUAGUGUUAGUCAUGUUAUGUUACGUCCCCCCUGUACUACAUACAGUACCUCGUCUGCACACCUAAAUCAUAUACACGCACGCACGCACGCACGCACGCACGCACGCACACACACACACACACACACAGUACACUUAAUACACACACCAACACACACACACACACAAACAUAUGCACUCAGAUCACAUGUUCCCCUCUGCACACCAAAGAGGCCGUCUUCUGUCACCAGACCUGAGGCCCUCCCACCAUCCUUCCCUGUACCCCGUACUUGUCCCCUGCUCCCAUCUCUGUUACUGUGUCCCGUACUUGUCCCCUGCUCCCAUCUCUGUUACUGUGCCCCGUACUUGUCCCCUGCUCCCAUCUUUGUUACUGUACCCCGUACCUGUCCCCUGCUCCCAUCUCUGUUACUGUGCCCUGUACUUGUCCCCUGCUCCCAUCUCUGUUACUGUGCCCUGUACCUGUCCCCUGCUCCCAUCUCUGUUACUGUACCCCGUACUUGUCUCCUGCUCCCAUCUCUGUUACUGUGCCCCGUACUUGUCCCCUGCUCCCAUCUCUGUUACUGUCCCCCACCUCUCCUUUCAGCUCUCCAUCCAGCAGGAGGCCUAGUCCCUGUCUGUUCCCUGUCACGCCUGUCCUGUGUCGUUGUCCUGACUACGAAUGGGGGGAGAGACCUACCUAUCCAAUUGUAAUGUUUACUAUGCAGAACAAGGGCUGCAGAUCAGUUCACUACUGACUGUCUGCUCUCUUCUCGUCUCACUCUCAUAGCACUCUCCAUAGACACAGAAUGACUAGAACGGACAUCCCCAUUCAAGUCAACGGUCCGUAAUGGGUGGACAAGACUUGCGGCCAUAUUGAGUGCACCCGUCAAAUUGCUGUGGUCUGAGGGCCUUUGUCCCUUUCUAUGUCAUUCUAUUUCUACGUCGCUCUUCUCUAUGUGGCAGCUAGCCUAUAGCAGCCUGCUAUGACAUAAGACACUCCGGUCCGGUCCGGUGCAGUUCACAACACGGCUGUGUGUUCUGUGUUUGUCUUCCAUGGACUUGGUAAGGGCCAGUCACUGUCCUAUGUGGCUGCCUGACUGUGCUACUGUACUGUGGUACUGAUAGUGGUUCCUCUUGUUGCUUAAGUGAUUCUAUUGACGUAUGUACGUGUCUACCAACAAAAAAAAACAAUGGACAAUAAUAAUGUUGUUUAUGCAUAAUGACUAAGUAAUAUUGCCCUCGAAGCAUGCUGAUUCGUUAAAAGCAUUUUGGUUAAUUUGUUGAACUUGCAGCAUAUCUGGGAAGAUGUUACCGUUCAGAAGUUUGAUAGAGGUUUAAUUAUCUCUAUUUAAAUCAUGUAAAAUGCAUGGUUCAUUUCGUUUUUGUAUUUUCUUGGAUAGACAACGUCCCUGUCUUGAUGCCUGGGUUACUGCAAAGUCCGUUUCUAUUCUGUGUGAGCUGAAUGUUAGACAUGUAUUUAUAAUAUUGCUGAGCUUGACUGUGUCCUGAGUUGUGGAUGCUAGUAUGUGAAUAUGGUGUGUUGAUAUUACUACAGUUUUAACCAACCACAAAAUGUGUCACAAACAUCACUCGUGCCUGUUGUUGCUGCAAAUGCUUUACUGUACGUGCAAGAAAAAUGUUUCUUGUAAUUUUUCUCCAGUAUGAUUUACAACAACAAACUGAA